AUGGACAGCGGUGGACGCGUGUUCGCGACGUCGGCCCUCAGAGGCCUGCGCUUUUUCCAGAUCCUGCGCAUGGUGCGCAUGGACCGACGAGGCGGCACGUGGAAGCUGCUUGGCUCCGUUGUAUGGGCCCACCGACAGAUAACUCUAUGCACGCGAUGGGAUGUUUUAUGGCGACAUUGCGUGCCGUCGGACCUGGGCGUAGGCAAGAUUAUUGGCUGUUUCUGCGCGCUCCUGGGCAUCUCGUUCUUCGCUCUACAGCCGUAAGGAAUCCUUGGCUCGGGAUUCGCGUUGAAGGUUCAGCAGCAUCAGCGGCAGAAGCAUCUGAACAGGCGGCGGCAGCCGGCAGCCAUGCUCAUCCAGAGUCUAUGGCGCUGCUACGCUGCCGACGAAAACUCGCUGUCGCUAGCCACGUGGAAGGUGCACCUGCGCCAGCCGAGUCCCACGACGUUUACACUAGACGUGCCCACGAAACCAAGGUUCAAGCACAACUCGUCGUUCGUGAGUCGUUUCUCGGUACGCCGCAAGGAGCGAAGCAGCGGCAACUUGUCGCCCCAGCUGAAGAACAGUCCCGGCAUGCCCCGCUCGAACAUGCUAGAUGUGGACAGCAACAGCAGCCAGCUCAAUCUCACCGAACACCCCAGCCUUAGAAAGGUCGACUCGAUGCUCUCAAUGAAGGAAGAAGGAGCCGAAGUUGAAGAGAAGAUAAUUGAGCUGACCUACACUCACAAGGUGGCGAUACGUGCGAUACGCAAGAUCAACUACUUCGUCGCGAGACGCAAGUUUCGCGAGGCGCUGCGACCGUAUGACGUGAAGGACGUCAUCGAGCAGUAUUCGGCAGGUCACGUCGACAUGCUCGGACGCGUGAAGAACGUGCAGGGUGGAAGAAUCGAAAGCAAGCUGGACAUGUUUGAUAGAUCUCACAUGGAGAUCGCAAGUCGACGCAAUCUCCACCUCAGGUUCCAGAUCCAGCAUCAAAUCCAGCGCGCCAUCUAUCGUGUUGAAAACCGAUCAUCAAAAAUCUUCGACCGCAUCGUCCGUGACGCGACAAACGCCGGCCGCGCCUCAAGAUCUCACGGAGAGCAGAGCGAACCACGGCCCGUAGAAAGGCCCGGAAAAAACUCUCAAGACGGCCCGUGA